AUGAUGGGAAUACUCCACGUCAAUAAACCAAGCGCAGUCGAAGCUUUCAGGGUGGCGCUGGGUCAUCUGAAUCGCAUCCGUUCCUUAGAUGUAUUCGCCGAGUUCUACACCAACCCCAAGUGGUUUAUGAAGUUGAAGGACCAAGACCUUCCUGAACUGAAGUUCCUUACUCUGUCGAAAAAAGACCAUCACUACAGAGAUGAUAUAUAUCUGCCAUGGAUAUCGAAAAUAGGAGCUCCACAGCUUCAAGGAUUAGAUGUCCAGUAUUUCGCUUUCAAAAGCUACCAGAAGUUCCUCCUUCCCUCGUUGACGUCUCUGUCUAUAUCGGGAGGCCGUUUCCCGCCUCUGCAACUGCUCUCUGUCCUCCGCGAUCUUCCAUAUCUACGGCAAUUAUCCCUUACUGCCGUCCUUCGAUACAGCUCGCUUGAAGAUGGGCGACUCCUGGACAGUCCGAAAGACAUAGUCCACAUGGCCCAUGUUCAGCAUCUGUCCUUACGAGGCACUAUUCUUGUCACCUCCAUUAUCUUGGCAAAUCUAUCGCUUCCAGUUGUAACAGACGUUGAGAUCAUUUUGGAGAGUCUAGACUGCACCCUUCACGAACACUUUAAGCAGAAGAACACCCUCCAGCUCUCCCAAGUGUUGGUGCCGAUCAUGUCACUGUUGUCCACAAUCGUGCCUCCCACAUCCGUGACAAAGCUCGCUUUCACGCAGGGAAAGAGGGAAGGGCGUCGGAAUCAGAGAUAUUCCUAUCAGGAUGUCGUUGGAUGGGGCAUGCGCACUAUAUCACCAAUGGAUGAGCAAUCAUCCCGAUUUCUCCUGUCCGUACUCGACUCCCAAUACGCCUUACACCCCUCAAGGGAUGCGGAAGAAAUGUUAGGAGUCGUACUGCCCACUUUAGCAGCAGUAGACUUGGAGUAUCUUCAAGUUGGAGCUCACAUAACCUCGGCAAAAUGGAAGGAAUGGUUUGGACAAUGCAACCAUGUGACUAGACUUUCGGUUACUGGCCCUGACGAUCAGUUUCUCGAUGCCCUACACCCUGAGAAAGCUGGCAUUGACGGCUCGGACGAUAUGCCAAAGGUUGAGGGGAACAACGUCGGGGAGGGCACCAUGCUCUUUCCUCGCUUAAAAUGCCUUAGGCUAGAAGAGGACUCUUGCGAAUUGUACACAAGGGAGCUACUAGACAAACUCGUGUCCGCUCUACGGUCGCGAAAGUCUGAGGGUUGCGGCCUGGCCAAUCUUGACGUUCGUGGUGUACGAGAAUGGUCGGAGGACCUCAGGGCGUCAUUAAAGAGGACUGCAGAGAUGGUGACUUUGCGACCACCGGCGGAGGUCCACGCUGAGAAGGACAUCGGAGAGUUCGAGGCAGAGAAGCCUAAUGGUGCGGACAGGGGGUGUCAGAAACAUGACAAGGAGGAUGUAGUUGGAGACGAAUCAUCAGACGAAGAAGAUGAUGACGACGACAGGCAUUCUUAUUGGUAA